AUGUCUAACACAACUGCAGGAAAGACCAUUGAGGUUCUAAGGGGUUACUUUGCUACCUGGGGCCUUCCCGAUGAAUUGGUUUCGGAUAACGGUCCGCAGUUUGUGUCCAGCGAAUUUCAGACAUUUCUGCAAAACAAUGGUGUUAAACACAUCAAGAUUCCUGCUUACCAUCCAGUUUCUAAAGGAGCUGCAGAGAGUACUCCUCAAUCUACUACAGGUAAAACUCCAGCAGAGUUGUUUAUAAAGAGGAAAUUCAAAACCAGAAUGUCACUCUUGAAACCGAGUUUUACUGUGAGCAUGCAGCAGAAACAAGCAGCUCAGCAAGAGAAACAAUCUCAGAUCCUGAAGAAGCACCAGAAAGUUCAUACAAAGGAGAAGCCACGUUCAAGUGAUUUGUGUGGAAAGAUUCACUCUGGAGAAAAACCUUAUAAGUGUUCACACUGUGACAAGAGAUUUAGUCGGUCAGGAGACCUAAAAAUGCAUGAAAGGAUCCACACUGGAGAAAAACUGCACACAUGUGAUCAGUGCGGGAAGAGUUUCACAAUAAAAGGAAGCCUUACGGUACAUAUGAGAGUUCAUACUGGAGAGAAACCGUUCGCUUGUGAUCAAUGUGGGAAGAGUUUUACACGAUCAUCAAGCCUUAACGUACACAUGAACAUCCACACUAGAGAGAAGCUGCACACAUGUGAUCAAUGCAGCAAAACAUUUAUGUGGGCUUCAGUACUGAAGAAACACUUGAAAGUUCAUACAAAGGAGAAGCCACAUUCAUGUAAUUUGUGUGGAAAGAGUUUUUCACGUCUACAGUAUUUGAAAGUACAUCAGAAAACACAUACUGGUCUGAAAGAGUACAUGUGCUUUGAGUGUGAAAAAACUUUUACUUCAGCGAGCAGUUUAAAACUGCAUGAGAGGAUUCACACUGGAGAAAAACCUUACAAGUGUUCACACUGUGACAAGAGAUUCAGUUGGUCAGGAGUCCUGAAAAUACAUGAGAGGAUCCACACUGGAGAGAAACCGUAUCCCUGCACUGCAUGUGGGAAGUGUUUUGCUUACUCUUUUAUCAAGGGAAAGUAG